CGUAGUGACAUUGGCAUCCAGAGAUUUGUGUGAACAUGUUUAGGUAUCACAACAUCUCACUCUGUCUGUUAAAAACAUGAACUCGCAAAGAAAGCCUGGACAAUUCUCCAAAAAGUAUCAGCCGUCACUCCAAGAUGCCUAGACUACUUUGCUCGAAAAGUAGGAUCUACGAGUUCAAUGAUUUAAUCCGGAACAAGAAACAUCCAAACACACUGGAUGUUCUGUUGAGCAGAAAAAAAACAGUUUUGAUCCGGAAAAAGAGCUCUGACAUCUCUGAUUACCAAUUACAUGACCAUUCGACACUUGGACUAAAGCUUACUGAUCUACUGCAAAAUAAAGACUACCUGGCUGCCUUUCAUUCAUUUCUCCAGUCUGAGUUUAGUGCGGAGAACAUUGAAUUUUGGCAAGCCUGCAGGGAAUACAAGCGGAUGACUUCGCCUUGCAAACUCUCAAACAAAGCAUCAGAAAUCUAUGAAAAAUUUCUACAUCCUAUGGCUCAAAAAGAGGUCAACAUUGACUAUCACACUCGAGAGAAGAUCAAAAAAUCCUUGAUGAAGCCUGACCUCACUUGUUUCGAUGAAGCAGAGACACUUAUAUAUAGACUAAUGGAGGAAGACUCUUGCCCAAGGUUCAUCAAGUCUGAGGCCUACCAGAACCUGAGAAACACAUCCAGGAACCCAGUGUAGACCUGCCAUCAACAACUAAUUUGCAGAGAAGAAAAAAUAUAUAUUUCUUAACAAGCACCCAAACAGAAAGGACAGAGAGGACAUAUGCACGUGGUUUAGGGGAAAUGACUGUGGAGAACAGAAAGUGUGUGGUGUGCAUUGUCAACUUCAUAGAUUUUGAGUGAUAAGAUGAACAAGAGACAAAAACAUCACCAAAAAAUUACAGUAAUAAGAAAUGGUCUAAUAUGAAGAUACAUUUCAUGGUUUGGGAGAUGAGAACGGGUGCCGUUUCUAUUUUGAAACAACCUCUGACAAAUAAUGUGUUAAUAAAUUGCAUUGUGCCAUCUAAAGCUAAAUUAACUAAAUUAAUACAUUUGAACACAUACUGGGAUAUAAUUAUUCCUUCACAAAGGUAAAAAGAUACUUAUUUAGAAAGAUCAUUUAAUAAUAAUUUUUGUAUUUAAUACAUUUUUAUAUGAGAGGAACAAAUAGUCGCGGUUUUGUAGAAUGACCCAGCUAAUGUUUUCAUUUUACACAAAAUACUGAACACUGAAUAAACAAAAGCUGUUGGAUUAACUUAAUUAAAUUGGGGACAUUGGUUCCAAACAAUAAAAUUGAGUAUAUUUGAUAUAAAAUUAAAAUGAAGUCUCUACUCAAAUACUUUGUAUAGCGAAAACCUAAAUGAAUUGAGUUAACCUAACUUAAAAUUACAUCUGUUCAAAUAACUCUAUUGAACCUGGUAGCUAGUUGCUAGCUAGCAACAAAUACAUUAGCAUAUUAUAUAUACUGUAUAAUAUGCAACAAAUAUUAUUUACAUUGUCCCAACAUAAUUAGAUUAAGGGAACAUAGAUGGAUUGUACACAAUUAAAUUGAGUUAACAUCAAAUGUAAAAAGAAUUGUGUCACUGUAGCUCUCUUUAAAUAAGGUAUUUGAGCAAGUAGUAAACAUCACGUUGAGUGAACACUAUCCGUUAGCAGUCUGAAUCCAUUUGAAAAUUUCACAGCAAUGUGAUAAUAUCACUUGGACUUUACACAAUAUAAUUAUGUUCUCAUCUCCAACAUGAAUGCAUUAAGUUGAUUUCAAGUUCACUGGUUUAGUAUUUAUUAGAGCUGCUUUCCCUUUUUUCAGUGCAUGAUGUCAUUGUUUUGACCACAAUUAAACUUUUAGAACGGUUUCUUGUUUUACGACGGAUUCUUCCAGCCUAUGGAUGUCUCUGUGAUUUGACAAACGCAUAAGCUGACAAGACUCAUUACCCAAAGUGUAAGGGAACAUCAUAUCGCCUUUUCAUAGAAGUUAUUAAAACUGUUUUCCACAUAAAUAGCAGAUGAGCUAUAUUUAAACCAUCACUAAUUUUGUUCUAAGAAGUAGCUCUGAGAGUUAGUCUGUCAAGAAUUGUGUUUUUGUCACAUGCCUGGCCCGAGCUAACAGCUGAGACGGGACUUAGGCCAGUGACGCUGCCAUAAAAUACCGUAAUAAUCCAUGUCACAUCUUGACCCUACUGCGACAAUUACUUAUUUCAUGAUAUUCAAGGCUUAAAAAGGCAAUCAGAGCCACUAAGAAUAACUGGUUUGAUUGACCUAAAAUUCCACAAACACAAUUAGAUGUGCCGGUGUUCUUAAUAAAGUGCUCAGUGAGUAUAUGUACACUCAUACAGUUUUCGUACAAAUGUAAUGUUUUGGACAUAAGCUGCUGAGUGAUAAAUGGCUUUUAAGUGGAAUCAACAGAACACAAUGUACUGUGUACUAAUUCAGUUAUGCUACUCAUUCAAUGGUUCUCAUUAACGUUUUCUCACCAAACAUGUUGUUGCCCAGAGGUGUAAUUGAUGCAAUAUCAUGAGCUAUUUCACAUUGACAUAAGGAAAUUAUCUUGCAUAGGGGACCGUUUUGAAAGAAACUCAUGCAACUGCGGUGAUUCCAGCGGAUGCGCUCAAUUAUUGACUAGAAUUUCACCAAUCUGUAAGGUACUAAGUUUCAUUCUCACGAAUGAUACGCUGACCAAUCUCUCACAAAAUCUGCCACUGCCUUCCUCUCUCAAAAUACAGUUGUCACGGCAACUAAUAGGAAAUGAGUCAUGUUCUGAGCCACUGACAUUGCCCGAGGAACAAAAUUGCUCAAUUGCGCACAAUGGAGAAACUGACAGUGCUACAGUACUCUAUGCACAGUAUGUUCAGAGUGGUGAGACAGAGUGCACCAAUCAGGUGACUUUGAAGAUGUCUACACAUGGUGGAGUGUAUUAGCUGUCUCUAACACAGUGAAUACAAUGCUUGACUGCCUAUCCAUUUUUCUGUCACCAUAACCUGCAAAGUGCCUAGAAUACUGAAAAAGAAGCAGCAAAAAUUGCAGUUGCAGUGAGGCACUUACAAUGGAAGUGAAUGGGGCCAAUCCAUAAACCUUCAAAUUCACACAUGUAUAGCCACUAUAUGUAAACAUUAUAGAUUUUAGUUUGAUAAAGUCACUUUGACAGGAGAUUACAGGAUGUUACGUCAUCAUGAAAAUGAACUUCUAAUGUGGAUUUAAAUGUGGGCAGAUAAGAUUAGUCAAUUAUUUUGUACAACUAUAAAGUUUAUGUCUUGUGGAUAUAUUUUUGAAACAGUGAGUAUUUUAAUGUCUAUGCAAAGCCCUUUCUAGCUAUAAACAGAAUAAGAGGCUGCUUAGGGCACCAGAGCCACCAGGAGGCUCCAGAAAGCAAGAUUGUUUUUACAUUUUAUUUUUAAAUAUACUAAAAGCAGCUGUUAUGACUCAAUUAGACGGUUAUAGAGGUGCCCCCUUGUGGCUCAAAAUGGAAGGGAGAUUGUAACUGCAAUUCAUGUGUGGGCUAAGAUCCGGAUUGGGGGAGGGUUGUAGGAUUUCGCUUAGGGCCCCCAUAUGCUCAGAAACGGCCCUGUGUCUAUGAACCUGCCCCAUUCACUUCCAUUGUAAGUGCAUAACUGUUAACAAAUUACAUUUGUCUAUUUUUAUAAACACGAUUUGAAUGCUGCCAAUUCAGUUGAGAGAGAACAGCUCAAUGGCAGGGAAGAUUUUUAAAGAAUAAAUCAGUCUGUUUCUUACACAGAAUUAUGACUUCAGAAGACUUUAAAUAUAGUGAAAAUGUUGUAUGGACUACUUUUAUGGUGCUUUUGCUUCAUUUUGAAGUUUGAAUGCUUCAGUUCCAAGUCUUUAUAAUUGCUUAGUAAAAAAAGCGACCAAUAGAUUCUUUAUCAUUUCUAUGGUUUGUUCUUGUGUUUUGGGGUAAACUAUUCCUUUAAAAUGGUUAAAUACACUUUGCCUGACCAUGGAACAGGUCAAAUAAAAG